UGUGUGCCGCGCCCGCGCGUGAAGAUACUUCCUCUUGCAAUGGACCUUCUAGACAUUUUUCUCAACAAGACGCCCAGCUGCGCCUACAUGCCGUUUCUCGCUCCGUUAACUUGGUCUGCGUUGUGACUCGCUCUGCCGAAGAGGCUCGCGGACAGCUCAGCACUCCUCCGGUUCGGGCGCUGCAGCGAUGGACGGCGCGGGGACCGAGACUAUGUCUCUGCAGGACUACAUCACGUCCGUGGAUGAAAGCACUCUGCCUCGCAUUCUGCAGAUCUGCUCUGGAGUUUAUUUCCAAGGAUCCGUGUACGAGAUCAGCGGCAGCGAAGUCUGCCUGUCCACGGGAGACCUGGUGAAGGUGAUCGGCAUCGAGCUCCAGUCCGUUACCUGCAGGGACACCAGCACCGAUGAAACGUCUGAACUGCCUCUGGACUACGCAGGCAGGUUCCAGAUCGUUCCGGAGGACACGCCAUUCGGCAGCAUCGAGGAAAUGGUGGAGCUCAUCCGAACCGAGGAGGACGGCGGCGACGCCUUCAGCUUCACCUGCCCCCACGAGCUGGAGCUGGAGGGCCACGCCGUGCCGGCGGGCGAGCUGGUCAGCCUGCUGUCUGUCGAACGCCCGGACGGCGAGGGGGAGGGGGAGGGGGAGGAGCUCGCUCGCUGCCGCCUGGUUGGCCGGGAGCAGGAGGAGGCGGGGCGGGAGAUUCUGGUGCCGCUGUCCGUCCGCGGCGUGUUCUACGAGUGUGGGAGCGGCCACGGCUACGGCGUCCGGGAGAUCGUGAGCUCGCCGCGGCUGCGGAGCCGCCAUUACCGCCGCGUCAGCGCCGGCGGGCACGACGGACCCGUCCAGCUCAGACCCGUGCACUCGGUCCAGGCCAUCAUGCACUUGAGGAAGAAUGUGGUGCAGUUCCCGUCCAGCCUGGAGGUGGAUUUGAUGGACGUGACGGAGUGCUGCGGGGAUGUGGUGUUCGUCACGCCGCGGACGCUGGCGGAGGUGGCGGUGCUGGGGGCCGAGGCGCUCCCCGCCGUGGCGGAGGUGCUGGAGGCGCCGGAGAGUGCUCGGCCGCUGUUCCGCUGCCGCUGGCUGCCGCUGCUGCGCCCGGGCCAGCUGCUGGUGCUGCACGGCCCCGCCGACCCCGCCCUGGUGCUGGCGUCCAGCUUCAAGGGCAAGAACGAGCGCCGCCACUUCCUGCUGUCGCGCCGCUACGGAGGCGGCUUCCGCCGGCGGCCGCGCAACUUCGGCUCCGCCUACGAGCUGUACGCCGCGCACUGCCGCGGGCCGGGCCUGGCGGUCACCGUGACGACGCACUGGGAGGCCACCGCGGACGGGCUCACCUCCCUCAGCGUGGGAGACCAGCUGGAGGUGCUGGGGCAGGGCAAGGUGGAGGUGGGUUGCCGCGACGACGGGGCGGCGCAGCGGGAGGAAGUGGAGGUGCUGGUCUGCCGGCGCACGUCGGACGCGGACGAGGACGACGAGGAAGAAGAGGAGGAGGAGGAGGACGGGGAGGAAGGGCGGGGCGAGGAGAGCCAGGAGGUCCACCUGCCCAUGUACCUGGAGGGCCAGUUUGUGGAGAAGCUCACCGACACCAAGAAGCGGUACAGCCUGGCGGAGCUGGGGGAGCGCUUCUCCUUCCCGCUGGACGUGAAGGUGUGCCGGCGCGACCCGGGCCUGGAGGCCGACCCGCUGCCGGCGCUGUCCUGCCUGCAGCUGGAGCAGGCCGUGUCCGAGCCCGCGGUGCUGGCCAGCCUGCUGGAGCAGCCCGAGCUCUGCUUCCUGCUGCCCGUGCGCUGGCUGACCAUGACCGUCUCCUUCACCGGCGACGCCCUGCCCGAGGACCGGCCCCCGCAGCCCCGCUGGGAGACCGUCACCGAGGUCACCGACCAGUUCUACUUCGAGUUCCGGAAGCUGGCCAGCCAGGACUCCGAGGCCCCCCCGCCCCGCCCGCCCAAGAGGAGGGUGUCCACCCAGGAGGCUGCCAAGGCUCCGCCCGCCGCUGCCUCCAAUCACGAGCGCCGACCGUCCAAGCCCCAGCCCCUCUCCCAAUCACUGGACAAGCUGAAUCUCGGCUCCUGUUGGCCAGAAAAGGGCCCUCCUCCACCGCCACCCCUGGAGAAUGCAGACGAGGCCCCUCCGCUGAUUCCCAGGAAGUCGCCGCCGAGGUCAGGCAGCUGCAGUCUGCCCAACAUGUACACGCAGACCCCCAAACGAAACAAGAAGAAAGCAGGAAGGCGGGACAGCGACCAUGACUACGAGGACAUCAUGGAAGCGGUGAAGAACUCGCAGGAGAGCAUCUUGUUCUACUGACACGCUGCUCAGCGCCCUGCAGACUGUCCUGUACAGGACUACCUCCAGAGAGCCACACACGUUCACGUCCUUCUUUAAGCUUUGAGAACCACUUUCCAAAAGCAGGCCUCUUUAGUCCCUAUCAACAGGCUAUUUGAUUUCUGAAGUUAAUGGUUUGAUUAACAGUCUAUAUUUGAAGUCCAGCUUUUUUUUUUUUUACCCCACCUUCCCCAAUUCCCUUGCUUCAGUGAUUUUUGUAUUUUGAACUGCUGCUUCAUGAAAAGCCUUUGUAACCAGCGUACGUGCAUGUUUUCAAAGGCUCAAGAUAUUUUUUUUAAUGGCCAGCAAAAGGUCAAAGGUCAAAGACAGUGGGAAAGAACGAGAAGGGCAGGUAUGGCGUCUUUAUGCAUAAAUUAAUCUCAGAGGCACUCCUGUCAGGCUCCCUGGUGAGAAUCAUCAAGACAGAAGUUCUGCUUUUUUAUUUUCUAAGAACACUGAAGAAUGCAUAAAGUCCCCCUCUCCAAAAAAAAAAAAAGAAUUAAAAAAAAUCUGCCUCUAGCUUCCGUUCAGUUCAGUUUCACUUCCUCAUCUGCAUGCCACAGAGAGCAACAAUAAGUUUGUUGUGUUGCAGAGUUCUUCGGGGGGGUGGGGGAUGGGGGCACAGCCACUGGACCGUCACUGAAUUUCCUUUCUUGGUCGGGAUGGGGGAGGGGAGGAGGGGUCAUACUCAUAUGCUCUGGCGAAUGAGAGGCAUCAAUUGUAAAGCGCUUUGGAUAGAAGCGCUAUAUAAAUGCACUCAUUACACGUGUACAGACACGGUAGGCUUAUGCCCGGGGCAACGGCACCACUCGGGGCAAAGUGCACCUGUACACCUGGAUUUAGCACGUCUGAGGAAGUGGGGUCACAUGGGAGCCCCCCCCUCACCCCCCCCCCAUCCCAGAGACACAGCACCCCAUAAAGGCUGAUGAAAGAUGCAAUGUUGCACACUGAACCGUAACCAUGACAACGGCUGAAAACUCCACAGGGCUGGCGAGGGGCUGAUUAUCACAACUGCAGGAACGCCAGGGAGCCACACGGGGCACUGCACACGUUACACGCAGGAGAGAAAAAAGGGAAAGUGCAGUAGCAACAAAAAGUAUUUUUUACACAAUUAACCAUUUUAAAAGAAUGUUGUUCAGUGUGGCGGUGUAAACCUAAUAAAUAUAAUCUGCUAUUUA